AUGACAGAUAAUCAACAACCGUCUAGAACACCAUGGGCCACUGCGACAAUCGUCGACCUGGACGCAUCAUACUAUCCGACAGUUCUGUCCUGGAAUGGCUCACCGCUCAAUACCAUUACGGUAGUACCGUCACCGUCGCUCUUUCUUCAAGUAACCUCUAGUGUUAAUCCUGGUCAACUGAUCGCUACAGUCAUAGCCGGGGCACCACCUAUAACAUUUGACGGACUCAUCCUGUCUCUCCAAACGAGCCCCGAGCAGGCUAUCUUGUUCACUGUCGAUGGAGUCCAAACGCAACAAGGCUCCACAGUCACCCAAGUACAGACCCAAACACAGCAGCAGACUCAACAAGUGAGUAAAACGAACCCGUCAACAAGGUCGGAAUCCUCAACAUUCGUUCGACCCACCACCGCAAUUACGCCGCCUCGUUCUACCAAAACCUCACGCCCUAAUCCUACCCGCAACGGCAGAUCCAAACCUGGCAUAGGAAGUGGCGCAAUCGCCGGAAUAGCGAUAGCAGGCAUUGUCAUCCUCGCCCUCAUCAUAGGCGGAUGGUACUUCUGGCGACGCAAGAAGCGGAGGGCACAACCACCCGCGGCGACACUCACCGAAGACGAGCUAGCCAGACGAGAAGGCGACGGCGACAAGAUGGUCCUCGGUGCAGAUCAGUCCGCCCCUACGGCUGGCGCAUACCAAACGCAAUACCAGGAGAUAUCAGGCAAUGGUCUUACACAGGAACUGGACCGGUUGCACCCAUGCAAAUAUGAGGUGGGGGAAGCGCAGGAGCUCAGGGCUGAAGACCAGCCGGGAGAGUUGCCGUAUAAUGGGAUGGAGGAACAUCGACGAGCGAAUGAGACUGGGGCGGUCGGAAGGGACGAUGGAGGUGAUGACAGGAAUGCGGAGAUGGUACCAGUAACGGGAGCGAACAAUUCGACGUCACAAGUCUCGCCACAUGUGGAAGCACAGAGAAAGAGGGAGGUGGAGUGGUUGGAGAUGGAAGAGACGAGAAUGAGGCAGCGGAGAGAGGCACUUUUACAACAAGGUGGUGGUCAACACACGUAA